GUCUCCGCUGGGAAGAUUUUUGCUCACUUCCUGUCCCAGAGGCACCAGAGGAAGUGGGAGGAAAUAUCAAAGUGUAGGGAAAUCCCUUCUUUGCCAGUUAGGAGGACUGGUGCUAGAAUUACUGCCCAUGAUCUGACAUUCGCGGUGAUACCUCACAUGUGGGAUGAUCACUGUUUACGCACGUGCGGGGCCAGGGACGGACUGACAACUCAUGGGGCCCCAGGGCAAUAGGGAUCAUGGGGCCCCUGUGUCCUUGCCCAAACUCAAAAAAGCCUAUGAAAAAGGUACCAGGGGCAUCUCAUGGGUCCCCUUACUGACCCCGGGCCCUCAGGCAGUGCCUGAAUUUCCAAAUGGUCAGUCCGUCCCUG